AUGAAGCCGGGCGGCGGGCUGUGCGUGCUGAACGUGGGCGGCCGGAGGUUCUCGGUGUCCCCGGAGCGGCUGCGCGCCUCCCCGCUCGGCCGCCUCAGCCGCCUGCAGCGCUGCGCCUCGGAGCGCGAGCUGCUGGAGGUGUGUGACGACUACGACCGGGACCGGAACGAGUUCUUCUUCGACCGGCACGCGGAGGCGUUCAGCUUCAUCAUGCUGUACGCGCAGCACGGCACGCUGCGCUUCGUGCCGCACAUGUGCGCGCUGUCCUUCUACAACGAGAUGCUGUACUGGGGGCUGGAGAGCUCCGACCUGCCGCUCUGCUGCCAGCGGCGGCUGGACGACCGCAUGUCCGACUCCGCCGUGCACUUCUUUCCCGAGGAGGAGGCACGCGCCCCCGAGACGCGCACCCCCGAGACGCGUGCCCGCUGGGUGGACAGGAUGAGGAGGACCUUCGAGGAGCCCACGUCCUCCGUGGCCGCGCAGAUCCUCGCCUCCGUGUCCGUGCUCUUCGUCCUGGUCUCCAUGGUGAUGCUGUGCGCGAGCACGCUGCCCGACUGGAAGGCCGCGGAGAGUAGCGUGGAUGAGCACAGGAUCAUCGAGGCGGUGUGUAUUGGCUGGUUCACUGCAGAGUGUGUCCUCCGCUUCAUUUUGUCCCGGGACAAGUGUGAGUUUGUGCGGCGGCCACUGAACAUCAUCGACAUGCUGGCCAUCACGCCGUACUACGUCUCCGUCACCGUGACAGUCCUGACAGGGGAGAACUCGCAGCUGCAGCGGGCGGGUGUGACGCUGCGUGUGCUGCGCAUGAUGCGUAUCUUCUGGGUGAUCAAGCUGGCGCGUCACUUCCUGGGCCUGCAGACGCUGGGCCUGACGCUGCGGCGCUGCUACCGCGAGAUGGUGAUGCUGCUGGUGUUCAUCUGCGUGGCCAUGGCCAUCUUCAGUGCGCUGGCCCAGCUGCUGGAGCAUGGCCUCGACCUGGAAGCUGGCAACCGGGACUACGCCAGCAUCCCUGCCGCCUGCUGGUGGGUCAUCAUUUCCAUGACGACUGUUGGCUAUGGGGACAUGUACCCUGUCACGGUGGCGGGCCGCGUGCUGGGCGGCGUCUGCGUGGUAAGCGGCAUCGUGCUGCUGGCGCUGCCCAUCACCUUCAUCUACCACAGCUUCGUCCAGUGCUACCACGAGCUGAAGGUCCGCUCCGCCCGCUGCAGCCGCAGCCUGUCUGCCGAGUUCCUGCAGUGA